AUGUCCCUCCCCGGCGCCACGCCUCCCCUCCUCCUCACCAAGCGCCUCAACGCCUUCCUGCACGCCCACCAGACCGCCCACCUGCCGACGCUCCUCCUCACCACUCCGCAGGGCAAGCUGCUCGCCCACGCCUCGUCCCAGCCCGUCUCCGUCCUGCGCACCCACGCCACCGUCGCCGCCUCCCUGCUCGCCAUCCACACGGCCUCGUCCGCCGCCAUCCCCACCGCCCUGCCCGGCUCGCGCACCCCCGACCCCAUCAGCAGCUCGCCCGCCAGUUCCCGCGGAAGCGACCAUGACCACUACGGCGGCGGCGACGGCGAUGCCAAGCAGAGGUCAAAACGCACCGUCAGGCCGGGCGUCAUCACCGUCCAGCUGAGCGAGGGAACAGUCAUCAUCCGGCGCCUAAAGUGCGGCCUGCUCUUUGUCUGCGUCGGCCCCGCGGCGUCCAGUCUGCAGGAUCAUCAUCAUCAACACCACCAGCACCAGCACCAGCACCACUCGUCGUCGUCGCAUGAGAACGGGGACGGAGUGGGCAGUCCGAGCGAGGUCGAGAGCCUCAUUAGCGCGGGCGGCAUGACGACGUCGAGCUUGGAGAGCGCGAGCGCCGCACCCGUUGUGGCGAUGAGGAGGCAGGCUGCUGAGUUGGCCCGGUGGCUGGAUGAGAAGCUGGGGACGCUCAAGGUUCCCGAGGAGGGGAUUGGUGUUGUUGAGUUUAGGGAUUGA